AUGACAGACCGUCACGAGCUUGAGCUUCCGAACGGCGGCUGCCUCGUGUCCGACCUCAACCUCAUCACUGCGUCACGGCUCUAUGACUUCCGUUAUUCAUCUGAUAGGAAUUUCGAUAACGUCAAUGCCUCUCGCAUGUCUGGCGAGCCGACGUUCAUCGAAAUCAUCAAUGGAUUUCGCGUUGAUUUGCAUAUGCAUAACGUUGGGGCUGCGGUUUUGAACGGUCAACUCGUCCGAAUUGCUCUGCGGUAUCGCUAUCGGUCCGAGUUCUACGGGGUUUUGCAUUGCGUAACCUGUUGCGGUGUUCGCCGCCAUUGA